AUGGUAAUCCUUAAAGAAGACAAUGUCCCAGUUCUGCAAUGGCCUUUGGGACGCAUCAUCAAAGUUUACAAAGGUGAAGAUGGUUUAGUGAGAGUUUGUGACAUUCAAACAAAAAAGGGAGUAUUUAAAAGACCGGUGCAUAGAUUAGCUCCAUUAUUUCCUGAAGACGAUAAAUUAGAAGAUCCAACCUUUGGAAAAAUGACUGAAAGAAAAAUCGAAUCAGAACAGACUCAAGAAACUCCAAGGUCACCUCCCGUGUCGCUUAUCGUAAAAAUUCCAUUAAAUCGCAUCAGAAAACCUGAAUCAUUAGUCAAUGGGUUAACUCCGACAAAACGAUCAUGUCUGAAUUCCGGGUUGCUGCUCACUAUUAUUACUCUACUCAUUUUGCCACUUGCACUAUGUAGUCCCGUCAAUAUAACAACCUUCAACAACAAACCUGGCAUUUAUUUUGAGCAGCUUAAACCAGUCAAAAUCAUGUCUGCUGAUUGGAAAAUGAUUGUAUAUUUUGACCUUUCCCCAUACCAACAACAAAUGAGCAUUUUAGCUGAUGGAACAAAAAGGUUGAACAAUUUAUGCGACAAGGCAUUGGAUAACACUGCCUGCAAGGUAUUACUCAACUAUUUUGACCGUAUAACGGAGGAACUGCAAAUGGAACUUAAUCUUCUUUCUGUUAGAAAAAGAAUAACAAGAGGAGCUAUAGACAUUGUCGGAAAUUUUGCAAAUUCAUUGUUUGGUGUCCUCGACUCAAACUACGCGGCACAAAUGUCAAGCACAAUAAAUGGUCUUAAAAGGAACGACAAUCACCUGGAACAACUCGUUAAAAACCAAACGUCACUUGUUGAUUCAACUAUCAAUAUCUUUAAGAAGAACCAAUUAAACAUGCAUGACAAAUUUGAAGAAAUUGAAAAGCGCAUCAAUAACUUGUUGUAUACAGAUGAGUCAAUAAACGACAUACACGUAACACAAAACAUGCUUAUGUUGUCAAUGCAAAUGCUCAUGAUGGUAUCCAACCAGCAAAGAGUUCACUCAUCAAUUAUGGACGUACUAAUCGACAGUCAUCACGAUAAAAUAAAUCCUCUUCUGCUGACUCCACAACAGCUUAGUGAGCAAAUAAUGAUGAUUAGAGCACAUCUUCCAUCACACCUACAGUUACCUAUCCACCACAAUAACUUACUCGAAGUAUAUAGGCUCAUGAAGAUCAACGGAAUCCUGGCAAAGGGCCAUGUCAUUUUUUGCAUCGACUUAUCUCUCACGGAUCCAAGAGAAUUUCAACUGUUAUAUCUUGUUCCAAUUGUGGCAGCUAUAAAUAACACACUUUUAUCAGUGAAACUUUCAACAGAAUUUCUAGCCAUCAGUCCGCAUCAUGAUGAAUUUCGACCAAUGACACAGCAUCAAGUGGACGCAUGCAUAUCGAUAAGUGACGAAGAGUUAUUAUGUCCAAACAUACAAGCAACAUUUCAUGAAUCGGCAAACGUCAAUAAUUGUGAAAUUGACUUAUUUAACAAUCAAGCUAAACCAAGAUGCGAUAUGUAUCAGCUCAAGGACACAACUGUAUGGUAUCAACUAAAUCAUCCGAAUCAAUGGAUUUACGCAACCAUAAAUAAUAUCAAAAUGAAUGCAGUAUGCAACAAGAAAGCAUUUCAAUUAACUUUAGUGGGCAGUGGUUUGAUUAAAUUAGAACCUGAAUGCAUCAUCAAAAAUGAACACAUUACGAUUCAAGGUCAUCAAAAAAUGGUUACUUCAAUGCAGGCAUCGAUCACCAGAUUGAACCUAUCUGUAGGAUGGACAAAACAAUAUGCGAGCAAUAACAUCAGCGUCAAACCAUUGUCACCCACAAUCCAUGAGCUUGAACUUAUUCAACGAAAAUUAGGCCACAUCCAGAGUUCCAGUUUUCCAACUGAUGCUAUUAGUCCAGGGACACAUAGUCUAAUAACCAGCUACGUUGCAUUAGCAAUGUUUCUAUGUGUCGCUAGUGCACUCUUAUAUAUAUGGCGAAGGCAAAAAAUCACCUAUCAAACACCUCCAAUACCGAUGCCACGACAUCAGCAGAUGACCGAGGAUACAGCAUGUUGA